GAGAAACAAGCAGAGGAGUUGAAGGGAUGUUAAAAGAAGACGAAGGUGAAACAUCACAUAGUUUCUGCAGAAUAUGCUUGGAGAGAAAGGAAAGAGGUGAGAUGUUCACCGGAGAGAGCUGCGGCCAUUCCUUUUGCCGCGAAUGCAUAAGCAGACACGUGACGGCAAAGGUGGAGCAGCGGAUACCGACGAUAACGUGCCCGGCGGUGGACUGCAAGUCAGUGCUGGAGCCGAACACGUGUAGGGCUCUGAUCCCAAAAUCGGUGAUUGAUCUGUGGGAAGAUCUUCUGUGCGAGCAGGUGAUUAAAGUGGCCGAAAGAUUUUAUUGCCCGUUUAAGGACUGCUCAGCCUUGUUGGUGAUGAAGGAGGUGGUGGAGGAGAGUGGAGAGACUAUCAGAGAAUCGGAGUGUCCGUUCUGCCACAGACUAUUUUGUGCUGCGUGUAAGGUUCCAUGGCAUUCGGGAAUUGAGUGCGAGGAGUUUCAAAGGCUGAAUGAUGAUGAAAGGGAAAAUGAAGAUCUUCUGCUGAGAAAGCUUGCCGAAGAGAAUAAAUGGAGAAGGUGUCCUAACUGCAAUUUCUAUGUAGAAAGAACUGACGGCUGCCCACAUAUCACAUGCAGGUGUAAUGCCCAAUUUUGUUAUGGAUGUGGAGUAGAGUGGACAGAAGAACACGGUGGUUGUGCAGCAGACUGAUGAAAAAAAACAACUUACUCUUGCAAUUAUUAACAUGCCUAUCACCUAGCGCUAGAAAUGCAUCAAAGUAAUUAUGCUGCAUUACUUUUUAAAUUUGUUUCUAGUGUUUAUAAUUGUUUUUGUCUGGCAAUUAAUGAAACAAAUAUCUUAAAAUUUUCAUA